ACAAAGAGUUAUUAGUACAUAUGAACACAAUAUUUUAUUGGAUUGUACUAAAAAAUCUAGGCAUUUUGAAGUAACUAUGAAUAAAUCUCAGCCACUAGAUGGCCUUAUUUUAUUUUUCCAACCUAGUGUAUACAUACAAAAAAGCGAACCUUUCAACAAAUGUAAAGUAUAUCAUUGAAGUGUUAUGAAAAUGUUCUGUUUAUAAUACUUUUCAUAUCUGGAAUAUUUGAGUGUUAUUUAGUAAUAAAUAACGGUUUUCUUGUUUUAUUUAAGAGAGAAUGCAUUUCUAUCCACGUAGGACAAGCCGGAGUCCAAAUCGGUAAUGCUUGCUGGGAAUUGUACUGUUUGGAACAUGGUAUUCAACCAGACGGUCAAAUGCCAAGUGACAAAACUAUUGGCGGAGGCGACGAUUCCUUUAACACUUUUUUUUCUGAGACUGGCGCUGGUAAGCACGUACCAAGAGCCGUUUUUGUCGACUUGGAACCAACUGUUGUUGACGAAGUUCGUACUGGAACUUACAGACAACUUUUCCAUCCUGAACAACUUAUCACUGGCAAAGAGGACGCUGCAAAUAACUAUGCUAGAGGUCACUACACCAUUGGUAAAGAAAUUGUUGAUCUGGUCUUGGACAGAAUCAGAAAAUUAGCCGAUCAAUGCACUGGUCUACAAGGUUUUCUCAUCUUUCAUUCAUUCGGAGGAGGUACUGGAUCCGGCUUUACUUCUCUUCUUAUGGAACGUCUUUCAGUCGACUACGGCAAAAAAUCGAAAUUGGAGUUUGCUGUUUAUCCCGCUCCUCAAGUUUCGACUGCUGUUGUUGAACCUUACAAUUCUAUCCUCACUACACAUACAACUUUAGAGCACUCAGACUGUGCAUUUAUGGUUGAUAACGAAGCUAUCUAUGACAUCUGCCGUCGAAACCUUGACAUUGAGCGACCAACCUACACAAACCUAAACAGAUUGAUCGGACAAAUUGUGUCAUCUAUCACAGCUUCGCUGAGAUUCGAUGGUGCUCUCAAUGUCGAUCUAACGGAAUUCCAAACCAACUUGGUACCUUAUCCCCGUAUCCACUUCCCAUUGGCCACCUAUGCACCAGUAAUUUCAGCCGAAAAGGCCUAUCACGAGCAAUUAUCCGUUGCUGAAAUUACAAACGCUUGUUUCGAACCAGCAAAUCAGAUGGUAAAGUGCGACCCCCGUCAUGGUAAAUACAUGGCUUGUUGCAUGCUCUACAGAGGAGACGUCGUUCCAAAAGACGUCAAUGCUGCUAUUGCAACCAUCAAGACAAAGAGAACAAUCCAAUUUGUAGAUUGGUGUCCAACUGGCUUCAAGGUUGGAAUCAAUUAUCAACCACCCACUGUUGUACCCGGAGGUGAUUUGGCCAAAGUACAAAGAGCAGUAUGCAUGUUGUCGAACACAACUGCAAUCGCUGAAGCAUGGGCUAGAUUGGAUCAUAAAUUUGAUUUAAUGUAUGCCAAGAGAGCCUUUGUUCACUGGUACGUCGGAGAAGGUAUGGAAGAGGGUGAAUUCUCAGAGGCCAGAGAAGAUUUGGCAGCUUUGGAGAAAGAUUACGAAGAAGUUGGCGUCGACUCUGUCGAAGGCGAAGGAGAAGAAGAAAAUGAAGAAUAUUAAAUAGUUUUUCAAUGUCUCUCUCUCUCUCUUUCUCUUCUUUUUAAUUGUAGUUUCUAAAAAAUAAUUUCAAUUUCUUUACUUUUUAUGGCCAAAUAAAAAA